GGGAAAAUUGUGAGUCACGUGCUCAUAUGACAAGUUUAUAACAACACGUGCUUGCGUUUUUUCCGACUUUCAUAAAUUGAACAGUCUAUUUAUUACAGCCAUAUAUUAAGUUAUGGUAGAUAAAAAAUGUUGUAUCUGCGAAAAGGAAGAUGCACCUUACAAAUGUCCGAUAUGCAAAAAACCUUACUGCUCUGUAACGUGUUGCAAGGAGCACAAGAGUCAAACCUGCGAGCCUCCCAAGUUACCUGAGGAACCCAAAGAACAUAAGAGUGAACGGAAUUACCAGUUUCCAACAGAAGACACUGUGCCUGUAGCAAAACUGCAACAAUUGCGGUAUAGCAAAGAACUGAAAGAAUGCCUCGAACAUUCCGACUUGCGCGAUAUUAUGAAGGCAGUUCUCAACAGUGCAAAUCCUACCGAGGCAAUAGCAUCAGCCAUGAGGAUGCCUUUAUUCGUGGAGAUGGCUGAUGUCUGUUUAAAGAUUGUGGAACAGCCAGACGAUGUUAAGCCAUGCUAAGUGAUUUCUGGGUACGUAUUACUAAUAAGUGAAGCUGUCAGGCUAUAUUAAAAGGAUGUAUUAUUUCUUCUAUCUGUAAAUAUAUUUUCAUACUAUGAGUUGUAUAAAAACAUCAUGAUUCUGUUUUUCAUUUGAAAUAUGUAUAUAAUAAAAGUACACAGAGUUAUAUA